UGCAAGACACACACGCGCACGCACGCACGCGAGUGAGGGCGAGGGGGGUAUAAAGAAGUCCCUCGCUGUAUGCCACACACCAGACCUGCCCACGACACCUAACAGCAUACACCUCGACCACACUAAUCCUCCAACAUGAGUCUGCGUGUGUUGAUGCUGGCAGCGUGUGUGGCUGUCACACUAGGCUCAAUCCUCCCACCUAAACCUAAUGCUUCCUGCACCAACUACUGCCCUGACCCAAUAAAAGGUCAUGGAUUCUUCGUCUGCUGUGAUCCUCAUCCUGGGUUCUGUCCACCAAAGAGGUUCGUCUGUCCGUUCGCCAAGUUCCCGUCUCCACCAAAGUGUGUGACGGACUUCAACUGUCCCAAGACCAGCAAGUGUUGUGAAGACGCCUGUCUUAACUUCAAGACCUGCAAGCCGGCUGUGUAUUCUUAAACCCACUCUGAUGAGAUCCAACCCCACCUGAGAUGGGAUUCCACCCCACAUGAAGAUGACGAAGCCUAAGGUCUCGAUUUUAUAUUUCCUCAUUGAUGUUAUUGUUGAAUAUCAUUUUGAUUAAAAAGAUAACAUAAA